CACACGUGCGUUGCGCGUUGCGCCACGACACGACUAUUGCGGCGUUUCUCCCCUUCUGCGAGAAAAACGACGACGGACGACUUUUUCGUUGCACGCGCGCGAGUUUUGCGUCGGAGUCGCGCGAAUCCUGGGUGCGAGGAAAAACGGCGGGUGUGCGUUUUCUCGCGCACAAACGCAUUUCCCGCAUAGAAAUUUCUCACGAGGUAGUAAGGUGGCGUGGGGCACGGCCGUGAUGGAAUUACAGAGCUGGCUGCUCUACCACUUAGUGGCCGUCACCGACUGCAAUCAAGUGAUGCAGUCGGCGAACACAAUCGGAGGUGGUGGAGGAGGAGGAGGAGGAGGAUCGUAUUCCGGCGGUAACGGAACCGGAAGUCGCACCCGCGAUUUAGGAUUGCGCGCCCAGAAAAAGCUUCUGGGCCGCAUAGUGUCCACAAAUGCCGGCCGGUCGCUUUUCAUCGACGACGCCACGACGUCGUUGCUCGACAACGUCUACAAACUGAUGGAGAGCGUUGCCAAAAGCAACCCGCACCUAGACAAGAAAGAACCCGAGAAGGUUCUCAAGAAUAUCGUCAAGCUGUCUAUUAAGAUCGGACUUGUGCAGCGCAGCCAUCAAUUCCGUCCACGCGACGCCGAGAAGCUGGAUGAGCUACGUGAGGCCCUGGGGGCGGUUGCGAUGACUGUCGUGUCGUUCUACGAAGUGGAUUACAGUUACGACCAGGAGUAUCUGAUGGGCUCGUUGGAACGCUGCCGGUCGUUGCUGCAGGAACUGAUCAAGCCACAUCUCACGGACAAGUCGUUGCAGCGUUGCGAUCAGGUGUUCGACUUCCUGACGUAUCCCAAAUUCCUGGACUCGGCGUUUCGAUACGACUCCGAGCACAGACCCAUUCUCGGCAUGCUAGUCAACGAUCUGAACAAGGCGUUGGACGCCAGGCGGCUUUGAUUAUUCUUCAGAAACGUCAAAUUGUUUUGACGCGUUUUCGCUGACGAGCGAUAACGCGACGAUCGAGUCGUCUCGACGGGAUGAUAAUCGUUUUAACGAUCGCGAGAGAGAUCGGUGACGAGUCGAUCGGUAAACAAUCGGAAAGCGAAAUCCACGAGCGUGUGCUUCGUUUACAUUUAGUUUCAACGGCAAACAGACGACGUUUUACGCGCGACACGACAAGUAUUAGUUUUCUUCGUAGCGUUAGAUCAAAAGCAAAAGAUGUUUCUCUUGUUCGCGACCACUUUUCACCAUCCCCUCCUCAGUAGCUGGGUCGGGCCCACUCAAUGCGGACCACUCUUGCUCACCAAUUUACGCAAUAAUUGUCUAAUACUCCGCAUCUAUUUUAAGGGUACAACGUCGUCCGCGAUAAUUGAUGUAUGUGAUAUAACAAUGUGUAUUUGUGUGCAGGACAUCGUCAUACCAAAAAAAAAAAAAAAAAAAAAGUAUAAUGAGCUUACCGUAAACUAUAUAUAGAUUAAAGUUACAUAGAUUUGAGGGUCUGUGCGUGAUCCGAUUCUAUUCAAGUUUGUUUUUACUUAAUCUAGUUCUCUCAUUGUCUUUACACAAAAAGAUUUAUUUGUAUAUAUAAUUUUUCGUGUGAUUUACUUUAGAAUAUAACGCGCGAGGUAUUUUUUUCCUAUUUCAGAAUCCUAGAGUUACACGUUCGUUUCAGGAGGUCGAUUUUGUAUCCACGCAAUGUAAUGACAAUUACAAAAGUGAGCAAAUUUACUACUUGUUGACCAAUAAGAUCAUAGAUAUUUUAGUAAAUUCGCUCACUUUUGUAAUUUUUACUACACUGCGUGAUACAGAAUACCAGGUUUAAUUUUUCUUGUCAUGUUUGGCAAAUUCUAUACUCACAACUAAUUGUAUACAUAUAUAUGUGUGUGUUUACACAAGUGUACGAUAUAAGUAAAAGAGCUCGUGAAGCGAGCAGUAGCGACGCUGCCGAAAGCAGAUUGCGAGUUAGAUCCCAGUUUUGCGGUUGUAAAAAAAAAACUAACACCCUCUCGCCAAAUUAAAUCAAACGAUUCACUUUCGGCACGGAUCACACGACAAAUUCCGCAGCACGGAGGAUCUUGACGGUUAGAUGAAAAUAAAAAAUAUGACGUUUUUCGAAGAUCCAUCCGUCGAUCAAAUGAUUUGACCAAAAAAAAAAAAAAAAAAAA